CGCCACGCUGCCGAUUUUUGAAUUGAUAUGAUACUUAAACGUUAUUAACGACCAAGGCUUCGCACACGUUUGUAGGAUUCCACUGAUGUUGGGCUUGAAUAUAUUGUAUUUAUUUGCACCUUAUAUUUAAACUUACGCGAUAUAUCCUUAAAUUUAAACUCAGACAAACAAUGGCCUCGACUGACUCGAAGAACGUUGAGGUUAGAAAAACCAAGUCCAAGAGACACAAGAAAAAGAAGAUCAAAUCCGAAGGCAAAGAAGACAAUGUGAACUAUUACGUUGACAAAACAGGGAACAAGAAUAACCUCGAUGCUCCGACUGACAGUGUCAAUGACCAAGUCUCAUCCACGAGACAGAGAAAGUCUCAGCGCACGAUUGUAGGAAACUCUUCAUUAAAUGGAACGGGUCGUAAUCAAAUAGAAAAUAAGGAGCAGGAGAAAAAGAAACAGAAAGGAAAGAGAAAGGUCAAACAAGAAAACGACGAGGUCACUGACGAAUCUCCUACUAAAAAAAUUAAGAAAACGAGCACAGACUCGGAAGAUACAGAUGAAGAGGACUGCGAUAUAGCGGAAGAAGAUAAUGCUCAGAAACCUCCAAAGAUGUCAAAGAGACAAAUUAAGAAAGAAAAGACUGAGAAGAAGGAAGCUGAGAAAAAAGAGGCAAGUAAACUCGAAGCAAAACAACGGGCGCUUAAUUACGUUUCAAAGUGGAAACAUGCAAAAAGCGAGUGGAGGUUUGAGAAACUCCGUCAGAUCUGGUUAAUGGAUCAUUUAUUGGAUCAAACAUCGAUACCCGAUUCAAUCUUCCCAACUGUGCUUGAAUAUUUUGAGGGUUGCAAAGGUAUGGCCAGGGAGCAAUUAUCGAAGAAAGGCAUGGAUGUUAUUAAGAAGGUCGAAGAAGAUGAAGAGAAACGCGAAGAAAUCAUGGAAUCAAUAGAAUACAAGAGAGCUAGACAACUUCUACAAGCAUUGCCUUCGGAAACAUAGUUUUGUCUUGGAUUACGAGACUUCCUUGCAAGCUUAUUCUAAAAUUAUCUAUUGACACCCAAAAGAAGUCGUUGAACUUUUGCGAGUUUUCAUUUAGAUCUAUAUCAUCAACCUAGUUCCUGCAAUUUACAAUUACAAUGCAUAAAGGAAAUUGUAAAUAAAGUGAAGAUAAUUCCAAAUGGGGAACUCUUGAGCGCAAUGGAAUUAUUUUUAUCAAUACUAACAUAGCUUGCAAAGGCUCUGUCAAAAUUUUGUUAAUACGCGAUAUUGUUCAAUUUUUGUAUGACCAGUCAUCACAAAUUUUUAUAUGACAAAUAAAUUGUAUUUAAGUUGCA